CUUAUUAAUCAGACAACUGCCAAAGCUACCCUUACACAGAUGUUAAAUGUCAUUUUUACACGGAUGGAAACCAAGCUAUACAAGAAUCUAGAGAAGUAGAAAAAACGAAUCAGCAGAAAUCCCAGUCUCCUGCAAUUCAAGCAGUGUCCAAGUCUCCAAAGAUGGGUCAGUUAAAGCACAGCUAUCAGGAAGGCAAACCAACUGUUCCUGUAAGUGUGGAAUUAACAAAUGGUGAGCCUGAGAGGGUGGAAAACGGAGACGUUGAAGUUGAGCAGGAUCUGACUCUUUCAGCAUCAGAGGACACAACUGAUGGAGGAAAGGAAAUGGUUAAAGGCAUCUUGGAAGAUGUGGUCAAGUCAGCUGUGAAAGUGGCUGAAGAAAAGCAGGUAACAGAAACAGUUAAGGCUCUACCUGCAUUAGAGACUGCAGAUAUUCUUUCUGGCUCUAGUAAUGAAAAUGUACAAACAAACGGGAUUCCAGAUGACGGGCAGUCUGUUUCCUCCACUGAUAAUCUGGAAACAGAUGUAUCUGGACAUCAAGCUGCUGCCAGGUUUUCCCAUGUACUACAAAAGGAUGCCUUCCUUGUGUUCAGGUCGUUGUGCAAACUCUCCAUGAAACCACUUGGUGAUGGACCACCAGAUCCCAAAUCCCAUGAACUGCGUUCUAAGAUAGUGUCUCUGCAGCUUCUUCUCUCAGUACUGCAGAAUGCUGGUCCAGUUUUCAGGACACAUGAAAUGUUCAUCAAUGCAAUCAAGCAAUAUCUUUGUGUAGCAUUAUCUAAAAAUGGAGUCUCUUCUGUUCCUGAUGUAUUUGAGCUCUCUCUUGCCAUCUUUCUCACGCUGCUUUCAAAUUUUAAGACCCAUUUAAAAAUGCAGAUUGAGGUAUUCUUCAAAGAGAUCUUCCUGAAUAUUUUAGAGACUUCUUCAAGCUCCUUUGAACACAAAUGGAUGGUGAUUCAGACUUUAACUAGGAUUUGUGCAGAUGCUCAGUGUGUAGUGGAUAUUUAUGUUAACUAUGACUGUGAUUUAAACGCUGCUAAUAUAUUUGAACGCCUUGUAAAUGAUUUGUCCAAAAUCGCACAGGGACGAAGUGGGCAUGAGUUGGGAAUGACACCUUUACAGGAACUAAGCCUGAGGAAAAAAGGUCUUGAAUGUUUGGUUUCUAUCUUAAAAUGUAUGGUAGAAUGGAGCAAAGACCUUUAUGUGAACCCCAAUCAUCAGGCUAGCUUGGGUUCAUAUAAACCAUCUGAACAGGAAAUGGCUGAAGGUAAAGGCCUUGAGAGUGGAGGGAGACGGAGUAGCGUCAGUUCCUUGGACUCCACGGUCUCAUCAGGAGUUGGAAGUGUUGGUACUCAGACUGCUGUCCAGGAUGAUCCUGAGCAAUUUGAAGUCAUCAAGCAACAAAAGGAAAUAAUUGAACAUGGGAUAGAACUGUUUAAUAAAAAACCAAAGAGAGGAAUACAAUACUUCAGGAGCAGGGAAUGCUUGGCACUUAACGGCAGAGGACAUUGCACAAUUUUUGCACCAAGAAGAGCGCCCUGUUCUACUCAAGUAGGGGAAUUUCUUGGGGAAAGCAACAAGUUUAACAAGGAAGUGAUGUAUGCCUAUGUAGACCAGCUUGAUUUCUGUGGGAAAGACUUUGUCUCUGCUCUCCGUAUAUUUCUGGAAGGUUUUCGUCUGCCAGGUGAAGCCCAGAAGAUUGAUAGAUUAAUGGAGAAGUUUGCUGCUAGAUAUAUUGAAUGCAACCAACGGCAAACACUAUUUGCUAGUGCUGACACUGCUUAUGUUUUGGCCUACUCUAUUAUAAUGCUGACUACAGACUUGCACAGUCCACAGGUAAAAAAUAAAAUGACAAAGGAGCAAUACAUUAAAAUGAACCGAGGAAUCAAUGACAGUAAAGACCUGCCAGUAGAGUAUUUAUCCACAAUCUAUGAAGAAAUAGAAGGAAAGAAGAUUGCAAUGAAAGAGACGAAAGAAUAUGCAAUUACAACCAAGAGUAGUAAACCAAGUGUAGCUAAUGAGAAGCAGCGGAGGUUGUUGUACAACUUGGAAAUGGAGCAAAUGGCUAAAACAGCUAAAGCCCUCAUGGAGGCAGUAAGCCAUGCAAAGGCUCCUUUUACUAGUGCCACUCAUCUGGAUCACGUCAGACCCAUGUUCAAACUUGUAUGGACUCCAUUGUUGGCAGCUUACAGUGUUGGCUUGCAGAACUGUGAUGACACAGAAGUUGCAUCCCUUUGUUUGGAAGGAAUACGCUGUGCAAUCAGAAUAGCCUGUAUCUUUGGAAUGCAGCUUGAACGAGAUGCUUAUGUACAGGCCCUAGCUCGCUUUUCCUUGUUGACUGCUAGUUCCAGUAUUACAGAAAUGAAACAGAAGAACAUAGAUACCAUUAAGACACUAAUUACAGUUGCUCACACAGAUGGCAACUAUCUUGGAAACUCUUGGCAUGAGAUCUUGAAAUGUAUUAGCCAGCUGGAACUAGCACAACUGAUAGGAACUGGCGUGAAAACUCGUUAUUUGUCUGGCUCUGGGCGUGAAAGGGAAGGAAGCAUCAAAGGCUAUACAUCUGGAGGGGAAGAGUUCAUGGGCCUGGGAUUAGGUAACCUUGUUGGAAGCGGAGCUGAUAAACGGCAUAUGGCAAGCAUUCAAGAGUCUGUGGGAGAGACCAGUUCACAGAGCGUAGUGGUAGCAGUAGACAGGAUAUUUACAGGAUCAACACGGCUGGAUGGAAAUGCAAUCGUUGACUUUGUCCGAUGGCUGUGUGCUGUUUCCAUGGAUGAGCUGGCUUCCCCACACCACCCGCGGAUGUUCAGUCUGCAGAAGAUAGUGGAGAUAUCCUAUUACAACAUGAACCGCAUUAGGCUGCAGUGGUCAAGGAUUUGGCAUGUGAUUGGAGAUCACUUCAAUAAGGUUGGAUGUAACCCUAAUGAAGAUGUCGCCAUCUUUGCAGUAGACUCAUUAAGGCAGCUAUCAAUGAAAUUUCUUGAGAAGGGAGAGUUAGCCAACUUCCGCUUCCAGAAAGACUUCCUAAGGCCUUUUGAGCAUAUUAUGAAGAAAAACAGAUCUCCAACUAUUCGGGACAUGGUAAUACGCUGUAUUGCUCAGAUGGUGAACUCUCAAGCUGGUAAUAUUCGUUCAGGCUGGAAAAAUAUCUUUGCAGUCUUCCAUCAAGCAGCAUCAGACAAUGAUGGGAAUAUUGUGGAGCUGGCCUUUCAAACUACAGCGCACAUAGUUACAAAUAUUUUCCAACAGCACUUUCCAGCAGCAAUUGACUCAUUUCAGGAUGCAGUAAAAUGUCUUUCUGAGUUUGCCUGUAACGUUGCGUUUCCGGACACCAGCAUGGAAGCCAUCAGACUUAUUCGCUAUUGUGCAAAAUAUGUUUCAGAAAGACCCCAGGUGUUAAGAGAAUACACAAGUGAUGACAUGAGUGUUGCUCCUGGGGACAGAGCAUGGGUCAGAGGAUGGUUUCCCAUUUUAUUUGAACUUUCUUGUAUCAUCAAUCGAUGCAAAUUAGAUGUUCGAACAAGAGGCUUAACAGUGAUGUUUGAAAUAAUGAAGAGUUAUGGCCAUACCUUUGAAAAGCACUGGUGGCAAGAUCUGUUCAGAAUUGUGUUUCGGAUUUUUGAUAAUAUGAAGCUCCCUGAACAACAAACAGAGAAAUCUGAAUGGAUGACCACGACAUGCAACCAUGCACUUUAUGCAAUCUGUGAUGUAUUUACACAGUUUUAUGAAGCUUUAAAUGAGAUCCUUCUCCCUGAUAUACUUGCACAGUUACACUGGUGUGUAAAACAAGAUAAUGAGCAGUUGGCUCGAUCAGGUACAAACUGCCUAGAAAACCUGGUAAUACUAAAUGGACAGAAAUUCAGCCCUGAAGUCUGGGGACAGACAUGCAAUUGUAUGCUAGAGAUCUUCAAAACUACUAUUCCUCAUGUCUUGCUGACAUGGAGGCCUGCAGGAAUGGAGGAAGAUGUAGGUGAAAAACACUUGGAUGUAGACCUAGAUCGCCAAUCUUUAAGCAGCAUGGAUAAGAAUGCUUCAGAAAGAGGACAAAGUCAAUUUUCAAAUCCCACAGAUGAGAGCUGGAAAGGAGGUCCUUAUACAAACCAGAAACUAUUUGCUGGCCUCCUUAUAAAGUGUGUGGUACAGCUGGAAUUGAUACAGACCAUUGAUAAUAUAGUGUUCUAUCCAGCAACAAGCAAGAAGGAAGAUGCUGAGCACAUGGCUGCAGCUCAGCGAGAUGCAUUGGAUGCAGAUAUCCACAUUGACACAGAAGACCAAGGAAUGUAUAAAUAUAUGUCCUCACAUCACCUCUUUAAGUUACUAGAUUGUCUGCAAGAGUCUCAUUCAUUUUCAAAAGCCUUUAAUUCAAAUUAUGAGCAGCGAACUGUGUUAUGGAGAGCAGGGUUCAAGGGUAAAUCAAAACCCAAUCUCUUAAAACAAGAGACCAGCAGUUUGGCUUGUUGCUUGAGAAUACUCUUUCGAAUGUACGUGGAUGAAAACCGCCGAGACUCCUGGGAUGCGAUACAGCAGCGGCUGCUGAGUGUAUGCAGCGAAGCCCUGGCAUAUUUUAUUACCGUGAACUCGGAAAGCCACAGAGAAGCUUGGACCAAUCUCCUGCUGUUGCUUUUAACAAAAACACUAAAAAUCAGUGAUGAAAAGUUUAAGGCACAUGCUUCAACAUAUUAUCCAUACUUGUGUGAAAUCAUGCAGUUUGACCUGAUUCCUGAGCUUCGAGCUGUGCUGCGGAAGUUCUUCCUGCGUAUAGGUGUUGUGUUCAAAAUCUGCAUAACAGAGGAGCAGAUACGGACAACUGGGAUGAACUUACCUUCAUGGUAGCCCUAAGUGUAGGGUUGGUUACUUCGGCUUGUACAUAAAGCUGUGUUCCAGAGAUGGAUUAAAGUGGAUGGGGGAAAAAUGGGACCCUGGUGCAUCAACACAGCAGCAAGUUACUCUUACCACAGUUGCAUUUGGGAAAGAGGAAAAAUAAAAUCCUGUUCUGUCCAUCCUACAAAACGAUCAGCAGUUUUAUUUAAUUUAUUGCUUACAGAGUUAAUACAGUAGAUGUAAAGUCUCUUUGUUUCAAUGCUAGGCAUCCUUAUGAUCAAGUCUGUCUCUUCUAGUCUUUUAUCAAUUGUUCAGUCUUGCACCCCAGCUAAGUCUGAUGAAUCAGCUGGAUUCCUCAACCGAAAUUAUGCCCCUUGGAAAUAAUGAAUAUAGUUGUGUAGCCUUGUGAUGUUAGCACACGUGUUCAUAAUAAACUAUACUGCAGUGGCUGACGACCACCUAAGAUCACUCUGGGUUUUUCUUUGUGUGUACAUGACUAGAUAAGGCAGUGUGUUAUGGUGUUUGAAGUGGACAGCCUGUAGGAUACUUGGGGAAAGGGUUUUCCUCCUGUUUAGCUAAAGUCACUUCUUUGAAUACCAGUGCUGCUGCUUCUUGUUUUAUGGAAGGUUUUACAUCAGGAGCACACAAUAGCGAACAAUUUAAUACCCUGUUCAGCUUGUUAGUCUUGAGUUAAACAACUUUUAGACUUUCCCUCUACUUUCAUAUAUUGCAAGAUCAUGGACAGGGCAUAUACAGUAAUAUUAAAAACAAGGUUCAAAACAAAUAAAACCACCUUUUUUACACUUGAGUACAGUGUAUUUAGUAGUAACUGUGUCUGUUUAGCAAGUCCUGUCCUUAAUACGUAUGAGGUUCUGCCUCUACUGCAGAUUUGCAACUUCUGUCUUUUUCUGCAAAUGAGUUUUGUUCUCAACUGUUAGUUCCUGUUGUGAGCUAAAAAGAGAAAAUUGAAUUCCCACAAAACUGCUAGAACAAAACUAAACCAGUUCAUCCACGUACUGUAAGAGUUACAAAUACAAUGUCUAUGUUUUGAUGGUUUCUGUGAAGCAGCUUUGCUCACCCUAGAGACUUCUCUUUCUUUCUUUGAAAUGCACUCGUAUUCUAUGACAACUGUUGCCGUGACACAAUACCAGUUUGCACCUGAAGCACUGCAGGACUGAGGUCUGUCCUUUGAAGUAAUUUUAAUAACCAGUUUUAAGACUUCUCUGAACUCGAAGAGUGGUAGGAUGGGAGGAGUCCUGGCUGAAGUAAUGUACACAAAGGUGUUAAAUAUUAACUGCUGUGCUAUCCGUAGUACAAACCUAAAAUACAACAGUAUUUAAAAACCAAACCAACCAACCUACUUGAAUGGUAUUAACUUAUUAUUUUGCCUUUUAAGUUGAGUUUCCUGGUAGGGUGGUCUUAGUUGAGGUUGUCUUGGGCUAUUCCUCUCGGAGCUGUUGGAAUUUUUUUCUUUCCUUCCUUUUACUCUGUUAGCUGUUUCCAAAGGGUUCAUAUGGUGCUCUCCAGUAAAUUGGCUUGUUCUACAUAAGCAUUGUUUGAGAAUGGAUUUUGCAGUCAGUAGUAAUGAUAAGGCUUUCACAUUUUUAUUUUUUAACCAAAGAAAAAUAAAUGGUGGUUGUAGUUCUUUAACUUUUAAACAUCCAUUAGAUUAAAUCCAUACACUAGUAUUUAGUAAAAGGAAUAUAUGGCUAUAUUUUACAAUAGGAAAAGACUGAAAAAAUAAGCAAUGCUGAUAUUUAACUUUGCUGCUUUUGAAAUGUCCUUUUGUGUUGCAUUUAAGUAUAGUUGUUCAUUCCCUGGUAAUGUCACUUCAUCCAUUACAGUAAUAAAAGCAAAGUAUUUAUUUUAAUGCUAUUUAAACCUGUACGAAUAGGCUAUUCCUUUUCUUCUGGUCCUAGAUAGUCCUGAAGGAAAGUAUUUGAAACUUUGUCAGCAUUUGAAUGUGUCACUGCCUCAUUGUAUACCCCUAUCUCCUAUCCAGACACAAACUUCUGACGUUGCAUGCUUUUUGUGCAUCUUACAGUUUUGAAAGCCUUACAAUUCAUGCCUUGAAACAAGUCUCUCCAAUUUUCAGAGCUUAGAUUAGUUGCAUUAUGGGCUUUCUUUACUGUAAUGUGCAACAUAUGUACUAUCUCUGUGUAUAGACUAAGGGUGUUUAAUCAAAACUUGCCUUCAGCCUUAGUUCUAAGACUGUUCUUUUAUUUAAGUAAAGCUUUUGUUGUAUUUAUACCAUUUAUAAACUGCUGAAAUUAGGUGUGUGACAUCAAAACAUCCUAGACUGUAGUGCAUGAAGGAGAAGGGGGACUGGAAUGCAACUGGAUUAUAACAGCCUUAAUCCUGUCAAUUGUCUGGAAUUUAUUAUACAUGCUAAAGCAAUAAGAAUGGUAUGUUAAGUGUGAUAACCCAAGAUGGUUGUAUUCACAUUGGUUGUUUGGUUUCCCUUAUGCAGUCAGAAACAUCAUAACCCAUAGACACCUUAAUGAAGCUAGAACUGCUGAGCCAAAACUCUCGCUGCUGCUCCCAGUCUUGUCCUGACUCUGCUGACAUCGACUCUAUCUGCCUGUAGUGGUUUAAUUGGCUUUACUAGGACUGUGAAUGAGAGCAGGGCUCUGUGUCAGCACAGUCUGGUGGAGACCGAGGCAUCAGUGCAAUACAUGGAGUAAUAAAAAGUAACUGCUUAGACUUCUGAAGUAGUGUUAUGCAACAAAUGAAACUAUAAACUGAUUUACCUGCAGUGGUAUAGAUAGGAAGACUGCAUGAUAUUUGUUACUGAUCUUGUUUUGGAACCCUCUAGGACAUAGGCAGGCAGGGGGAGGAUGCUGAGGAAACCUCAGAAACUCUUGUUCAUGUUGACUCUCGUGUCUUACAGUACAAGAAAACAGUUACAGUGGUUUAUCCAUGUCUCGUAUCUCAUUUUCCCACCUGUCACCAGAACCAUCUAAACCAAUGUUCACUAAUACAGGCAAACACCCCCCAAACUUUAGCUCAGUCUUACUAUGAAGAAUGAGAAAGAUUAAAAAUAUUAACUUUCACUCUGAAGUAGAACUAAGCUUUUUCUGUCAGAACUGCAGCUCCCUUUAGUAUGUAAAUUCCAUUUGUUCAGCACCUUUAUUUCUGUGUAAAAUGUAUGUCUUCACAUAUUUAAAAUCUUGAAGUCUUUUGUUUUUUGAUGAUUUCCAUAUUAAGUGCAUUUAAUAUGAGUAAUUUAAGGAGCAUUCCUUGCCAAUGGAUGUAUACAUUUUUGAGAGAAUAACAAAAAUUAUAUAAUAUGAAAAAAAACCAACCUAUGUAAAGUUUUCUACAUGAAAAUACUGUGUAUAAUACUGUUAUAAUAUUCCAUGCUUUAAUCAAGUGGUAAAUCAAUAAAGUUUUAAGAAGUGUU